AUGUCCCUGACAGACCUUGACAUGAACUUCUCUCUCUUUGGUUAUGACCUCGACAUGAUGAACUCCUCUGACCUUGAUUAUGGCUAUAAUGGAAGUACCUGCUGCUCAGCUCCGCCCUGCAGCUCCAGCCCCACCCAGGCCUUCGCCGGGAGCUUCCUGCCCCCUUUCUACAUCCUGAUCUUUCUCCUGGGCCUGUGGGGAAACGCGAUGGUGAUCGCUGUCUUGCUCCGUGCCAAGGAAGCCUUGCCUGGCACAGACGUGUUCAUCUUCAACCUGGCCCUCGCAGAUGUCCUCCUUGUGGUGACUCUCCCGUUCUGGGCUGCCCAGGAAGUGCACGGCUGGAUCUUUGGGAACUUCCUGUGCAAGCUGGUCGGCAGCAUCUUCAAGAUCAACUUCUACGCCAGCAUCUUCUUCUUGGUUUGCAUCAGCAUCGACCGGUUCCUCGCCAUCGUCCACGUCAUCCGCAUGUACAACAGGAACAAGACCUCCCUCAUCGUCUUCAUCUCCUUGGCCGUUUGGGCCCUCUGCUUCCUCCUUGCGCUGCCGGAUUUCAUAUUCUUGAUGGCUGAAUUUGAUUCCCGCCAAAACACCACCUCGUGCUCCCUCAGCUUUCCUGUUGGUUCAGCCAAGGCCUGGAAGAUUGGCCUGAACUUCAAGAACCUGGUGUUAGCUUUCCUCCUCCCGCUGGUGAUAAUGUCGUACUGCUACACCCACAUAAUCCUCACCCUCUUGCUCUCCAAAGGGUUCCAAAAACACAAGGCCCUCAGAGUUAUCUUGGCUGUGGUGGCCGCCUUCUUCCUCUGCUGGUCACCUUACCACUUGGUUCACUUUAUCAACACCCUGAUCGAGCUUGGCGUCCUGGAGCGGGAUUGCGAGUUGGAAGAGAAAGUGGACAUUGCUGGUAUGAUCACCACAAACUUGGGGUUCUUUCACUGCUGCCUCAACCCACUGCUCUACGCCUUCGUCAGCAUCAAAUUUCAGAACAGAUUCCUCGAACUGCUUGGACACCUUGGCUGCGUGAGCCACAAGUUCCUGAAGAGGUAUACCAGGGGGUCCACCCACCGGAAAGAUUCCACGUGGUCCGGAAGCACAGAAGCCUCCUACGCUGGAAUCUAG